AAGGCAUAAAAAACAACGCAAAAUCUCCUCUUUCGGUCUUUCCCCUCAUAGAUCAGCCCAAGUCCUAGGGUUUUCCCCCUAAUUUCAAACCCCUAAAAAUCUAGCUCCGAUUAAUGGUCGACGGCGGCGGUUCGGAAUCGGGUUCCGCGUUAAAACCAAUGUCCACGUGCGAAUCGCACGGCGACCGCCUGCGGUUUACGGUGGAGCUGCGGCCGGGAGAGACGACAAUCGUUUCGUGGAAGAAGCUUCUUAAGGAGGCGGCUGCCAGUAAGAACAAUAAGCAUGGACCAAAAGCUGCUGGCUCGUCCUCCACAGCCGAUCAGCAGCCAGCUCCGCAGCCCAAUCCCCCGCCUCUUCCACCUGCAUUGGCGUCUUCGGAGCAGCCGGCGGAGAAUGAAGGGAAGGAUGCUCAAGGUCAGGCCGGAACGAACCGUCUGAGCACCGUUAUUGAGAAAAUCGAGCGAAUGUAUGCGGGUGAAGGAAGUAGUGAAGACGAAGAAGUUUUUCUUGAUGAUGUGCCAGAUGAUGAUGAGUACGAUACAGAGGAUUCCUUUAUUGACGAUGCUGAGUUGGAUGAUUAUUUCCAGGUUGAUAACUCAUCAAUAAAACAUGAUGGAUUUUUUGUUAACCGUGGGAAGUUGGAGCGUGUUGAACCUACCAUAUCUGCUACACAACAACCAAAGAAAAGGAGGCGUAAAGAUGUGACAAAAGCUCAAGGUGGGAAUGAAGAUGGGCUUAAUCCAAAUAAACACAUCAAAAUAGGAAACAAAGGAAGAAAAUCUUCAUCCUCAAUUGAAAGAAAUACUACUAGUCAGUUCAAUGUGCAAAGUACGAAUGUGCUAGAGGCUUCUCAAGCAAAUGCAGCUCAUCAGACUCUGAUGGAUCCUACAGCAUCACUAGAGCACAAGGAUGCGGACCAGCAAAAGAUUGGGGUCUUCUCUUCUCAGAAUCACAAUAACAAACUGAAGGACAGCAGUGAACUUCAAGAUGCUUCAGCUCAGAGGCCAAAUAGUUCACCUGUAAGCAAACCUCAGUAUACCAAACUAAGUAAGGCUAAGGAGCUGGACCAAUCUGUUCAACGGAAUGAAAAAAGUGGACAUGUUGCAAGAUUUGACCUUAAUAUUCCUCCAAGUAGAGACUUGCCACAAAUAGCGAAGGUUCCCCACACUCCAAGAAAAGAAGGAUCUAAUGUUAAACCAAAAAUUACGGUGCUCGAAAAAGCCAUUAGAGAGUUACAGAAGAUAGUUGUAGAAUCAAGACCACCUUCGACAGAGGUACAGGAUCCUGAUAGUUCUUCUCAGGGAAUCAAAAGGAGAUUGUCACCUGAAAUAAAGCAGAAGCUGUCUAAAGUUGCUAGAUUAGCGCAAUCUAGCUAUGGAAAAAUACCAAAGGAUGUAAUCAAUCGUCUGAUGAGCAUCGUAGGCCACUUGAUGCAACUUCGGACACUGAAGAGAAAUCUUAGAGUAAUGGCCAAUUUGGGAUUGUCGGCUAGACAAGAGAAGGAUGACCGAUUGCAGAAGACAAAACAAGAAGUUGCUGAGAUGGUUAGGCAGCGGGUGCAAUAUAUGAAAUCCAAAGUUCAGCAGCAAACUGCUACCGAUGAUUUUCAAGAAAUUGGUCAUGAAGAAAAAGAAACCCUGAAAAGAAAAUACAGCAUGGACGAUGCACUGGAGAAUAAGAUUUGUGACUUGUAUGACCUUUAUGUGGAGAGACAUGAAGAAGAUUCAGGACCCCCUGUGAGAAGACUUUACGAAGAGCUUACAGCAUUAUGGCCUGGUGGAGUCAUGGACACUGAUGGAAUUAAACGUGCAAUACAUAAAGCAAAAGAUAAAAGGAGGGCAUUAAGUGGCCGACGGAGGGAUCAAGAGAAGGUUAAGAGGAAGAAGGUGUUAGCACAAAAAUUGGAGGAUACUAGUAUUGUUAGUCCUGCAUUACCUGAGAAAGUUUUGUCCGAGUCCCAUGACCAUGCUUCAUCAUUGAUGGCCAAGCUGGUCCAGAGUGCUGCUGUAUCUCAACCCGAACCUUAUGUACCAAUGCCUGUCACGAAUAAUUCUAGUGUUGACAAACCAAAGCAAGAAAGAGUGAAGGCUAGCCCUAACAGCAAUCUUACUGGUGCCAUGCCAGUGGAGGUAUUACCCAAAAAGAAAGUAAAAAAGAAGCAAAAUCUAGAUGCGGCUGAGGCUCAGCUCCGCCUCGAGAAGGCUCCUGAGGCAGAGGAAAAACACAAACACCAUAAGCCCACUGCUGUUCCUCCUAAAUUCAACCUUCAGCCAGGUGCAAAGUCUGGCUCUGAUAGUGAUAACCGUAGUUGACGAUGUGAGCCACAAAUAGAUGGUUUUGAAUCACAGAUACAUGUCUUGAAUUUCUUGCAUAAUUUAUAUUUAGUGUUUGUUGUUAAAACAUGAUUCACCAACUAGAUUAGGUUUAAAUUAGGUCAUAUGAAGAGGUGCUGACAUCCACUCUGUUGUCUUUGCUCCAACUAGAGCUUACUGUAUAUACCAUUUUUAUUUUAUUUUAUUUUAUUUUACUUUUCAA